AUGGCAUAUCUUGGACAUAGAAAAUUUUUACCACUUAAUCAUCCAUUUAGAAAACAGAAAAAGGUUUUCAAUAACAAAAAAGAGCUUGGAAUAGCUUCCCAACCAUUGUCAGGAGAAAGUAUUUUUGAAAUGUUUAUCAAUAAUGAUUUCUCUAACGAUGAAAAUUCAGCGAGUACCAGAAAGAGAUCAAUAGGCUUUUCACGUAGUUGUUGGAAGAAGAAAUCCAUAUUUUUUGAACUUGAAUAUUGGAAGAAGUUUCACGUUCGACAUUGCUUGGAUGUUAUGCACAUUGAGAAGAAUGUAUGUAUGAACUUGUUGGGUACAUUGCUCAACAUUCCUGGUAAGACAAAAGAUGGAUUACAGUCCCGUCGUGACUUAGAACAAUUAGGCAUUCGUCCUGAGUCGGUGUCAAAGGUUGUGGGAAAUAGAACAUACAUACCUUCAGCUUGUUAUACGUUAUCCAAAAGUGAGAAACGCACAGUUUGUCAAUCAUUGUCUAAAAUGAUAGUUUCAGAAGGGUUAAAGUCUCAUGAUUGUCAUGUGCUCAUGCAACAAUUGCUUUCGGUUGCAGUUCGUGGUGCACUACCUAAACACGUUGCUACAGAACUUGAGUUAUCAAACAACACCAUAUCUGAUACAUUGAGAUGGAUAUCACAUGGUCCUUCGCCUAGUGUGAUAACUUACUCUAGUUAUGUUAUGAAUGGUAUUUGUUACAAUACAGAGCAUCGUGAUGGUGUUCGUAAUGUGCAGAAUAGUGGUGUAUGUUUAGUAGUGAAUAUGAUGCAGAUAUCUAGUGCAAAGGAUAAACAUUCUAUAGUGAAAAACAUGUCGUUUUACGAUGUGAUCGAAGAGAUUUGGGAGUUAAACUAUAUUAACUUUAAAAUUAUAAUGUUUAAAUGUAACUGGGUUGACAAUGUUAGCAGUGUCAGAAUAGAUGAGUUGGGGUUUACAUUAGUUAAUCUUAAAUGUAUUGGUCGUAAGAAAAAUUCUUUCAUCCUAGCAUCACAUGCAAAACAAGUAUUUUUUCUCGAAGAUCCAAGUGACUCUCAAUGGCAUGUUGUGUUAAAUCCUCCCAAUCGAGAGUACGAGGAUCAUAUUAAUGAUGAUGAGUUAGGGGAUAUAAGUUUAAAUUGUAUUAGUUCUAACAAUGUUCCUAUGAAUGUGUUUGAGGAAAUAAACGACGAAGAUGAUCCAAACUACAUGCAAACUGAUUGUGAUGGUUAG